AAACACAAAACGCACACACAAAAUAAAAUAGAAUAAAAUAAAAUUAUUUUUAUUUAUUUUUAUAAACAUAUAUAAAUAUAACCUUUACUAGCUCAUCCACUUCAAAUUACCUUUUCUCUCUCUCUUUCUUUCUCUUUCUUUCUUACUCUACUUCUUCCACUUCUUCUACUUCUCUAUCUAUUUAUCAUAUAUAUAUAUACAUAGUAUAUAUAUAUAUAUAUUAAUAUAUUGUAUAACUUUAGCAAACUGGAUUAUUUUGGCUAUACAUCGAAUAACAAGGCCACUCAAGGCAGCGACCGUGCCCUGCCAAGGACACAGCGUUCGCCGGCAAACCCACGUUCCUUUCGAAACUCAAUGAUAUUACCUCCUUCGCCUCUUCCGGACGAUAUUGGACCCGAAGCCAUAAAGAUUUCUCACCGCCGAACCCCAUCCUCCCUCGGUUUUUCCUUGUCCCUCCCAUCUCCACCCGUGACACCCUUUGCACCACCAUUCAAUCUCUAUUCUUCCAGCACUCCCCCCGCACAAACUCCCCGUCCGUCAGCAGAAAGCAGCAAAACAGCUACCGUCAUUCCGGCAAGAGUUUUGAUGAUAGAUGAUAACCCAAUCAAUCUCCAGAUCUUGGCGCGUCUGCUAAAGAUAUACAUGUCCCACGCUAUUGGACACAUGGAAACAGCCGACAACGGAAUCAAGGCACUCAAAAUCCUAGCCCACCACCCAUUCGACCUUGUCCUGAUGGAUAUUGACAUGCCGAUAAUGAAUGGUAUUGACACCACCCACCACAUACGCCAUCCAACACACCACCCCAUCCUGCCUUCCAACCGAGGCACCCCCAUUGUAGCCGUUACUACAAACGACUCGGCAGAGUGGCAACGCACCUACACACGCAUUGGAAUGAAUGGCUGUAUCGGAAAGCCAAUCUCGCCAAGUGCUCUUAGGGAGACCCUAAACUGUGUCCUUGAACUGGACAGACCACAUUUUACACCUUGAGAAUCAAACACACACACACACACACAUACAUACAUAUAUACAUACCUACAUACCUACAUACCUACACAUACAUAUAUAAAAAAAACAGCAACAGCAACAGCAACAGCAACAACAACAACAACAAUUACCAUCUCAUCAGGAACCCGUUCAUGCACUUCAACAUACAACAAUCAUACCAUGUUUCAUUCUACCCUCAUGCUUCAUUAUCUUAUUUUAUUUUCUACUCUUUACAUUACAGUUAUAUAUAUAUUAUAUACAACUAUACAUAUAGAUAUAGAUAUAGAUAUAAAAUAUACAUAUAUUUAGGCCUUUUCAUUGUACAUAAUAUGUCAAACAAAAAUAAAGACAAUAUACUAGCACU